AUGGAUAUGUUAAAAAUUCGAGUGAUUAUGGAGUAUGAGUUCCCUCGUGGUAGCAAAGCGGCAGAAGCGGCACGCAACAUCAACGACGUUUACGGUGCAUACACUACUAACGAUCGUACUACCCGAUAUUGGUUUGCCCCACUAUUGGUUUACCGCUUUCGUUCCGAAAAUUUUGACCUAAGAAAUGAACCACGUGGUCGGCUGAAAAUGUUGGGCGAUAAUGACCAAUUAAAGGUGAUAGUGGAGGCUGAUGAUUCUCAAACUACAACUGAAUUAGCAGCAGCUUUCGAAGUUAGCACUGAAACAAUAUUGAUCCGUUUGCUUCAAUUUGGCAAGGUAAAUAAGCUCGACAAAUGGGUGCCUGAUGAAUUGAAUAAACGCCAGCGCGAAAUACGCGUCGAGGCGUGCCUUGCACUACUCAACAGACACACAAACGAAGGCAUAUUGAAUCGCAUUGUUACUUGUGACGAAAAAUGGAUUCUAUUUGACAAUCGCAAGCACUCAGCUAGUUUUUUAGAUCUUGGUUCAGUACCUAAAAAAUGCCCUAAACGAAAAAUGUUCCCUAAGAAAGUGGUGGCAACUGUUUGGUAG